AUGCAACAUUAUAGUAUCGGCUGUUCCCCGCUAUACUUCCGUACGCUUUUGGCGCCGCCGCCCACUCCGCUCCGCGCUGUACGCCACAGUGGAACGUCUGAAUACAACUGCAACGGAAAUUAUGCAGCCGGCGCCGCGACGAUGCGCGGACCACCGACCGACCUCGGUAGGCCGCCAAAACCGCAAAAAGCUAAACGUUCGAAAUCGGUCUCGCUCGAACGUUUGUUCGAUUUCCGCCAACCAACCCUGUUGAAUGUUUGCAAUUGAAAAUCUCAGUCGCCAAUAAAACGUGCGCGCGUUUUAGAGUUUACGCGGCCACGGUCCGUGCGCGGACGAACGGGCGGAGCGCCCGAACGUAAACGGCCCGACCGCGUUCGCAAACACGGAUCCGGAGCAACGGUCCGGCGGUGGACGGGCGACAUUUUAUUCACAAUGUCCAGUUAAUAGCACCGCGAUCGUCCGGGACCAACUUUUGCGGCGUCAACGAUUACGCGCGUUCGCGAAUCGUUCGCCGUAAUUAUACAACGUCGGAAUCGCAGUCCGCGGAUACGUGUAACUUAUCGCGUUGUACGUACGCAUCUCUGCUAUUGAAAUACGACAGUAUCGGGACCUGUAGAAUCGUAGAGAAAAAAAAAAAAAGAAAAAUCGGAGAAAUAAUAUUUCUGGGAGGGCCGAGGGGGGACGUGAGGCUGUUGGGUGCCGCCCGGAUCCAUCCCGCGAAGUCCGGUUCCGUUCGCCCGGAUACGACCGACCGAUCGAAUAGCCUUUUGAUUCAAACCCGUUCAAAACUCUUUGGUUUUUAAUAACGUAACAGGACGACGGACGGUAUCGGUCCAGAGGUCAUAAUCGAUCCGACGUCGUGGUGGAUCCGUGCGUACGCGUCGGCGAAUCUGCCGCUGUCUCCGUCGGAUUAUCGCGUUACGGUAAACGCGAGCCGGUGCGAAAUCACGAUACCCGACGUCAACAAUGA